AUGUUGCCAAGGUUCAAUCCAACAAACCCAUUGGCUUGCAUGUCCGUUCUUGAGGAUGUGACCAGUAACGCAAAGCAGAUUCAAGACUCCGUGUUGGAAGCAAUACUUUCACGUAAUGCUCAAACCGAGUACCUUAAAGGUUUCCUCAACGGUCAACUCGAUAAGAAAAGCUUCAAGAAGAACGUACCUCUUGUAACAUACGAAGAUUAUCGCUCUUAUAUUGAUCGUAUCGCUGAUGGAGAGUCCUCUAAUCUCAUAUGUGAUCGACCCAUCAGUCUUUUCUUGGCCAGCACGGGUACUUCAGGAGGAUUCCCGAAGCUAAUUCCUUUGACAGCAGAGGACAUGGAACAGAGGAUACUGUUUGCAUCUCUCUAUGCACCUCUAGUCUUCAAGCACAUAAGAGGGUUAACCGAAGGAAAAUCUCUCAUGUUCUAUUUCGUGACCCGAGAAAGCGAGACUGCCUCUGGGUUGAUCGUGAGGUUUAUGUUAACUUGUGUCUUAAAAAGUGUGAACCCAAGCAACAUAUUUCUCUGGGAUCGAGUACAAGUAAGCCCGCAUGAGAUUUCGACUUGUGUAGAUACAGCUCAAGCCAUGUAUUGUCAAUUGCUAUGUGGACUUGUACAACGAGAAAAUGUAGCUCGCCUCGGUGCACCCUUUGCUUCUUCCUUCCUCAAAGUAAUAAACUUCUUGGAAGAUCACUGGAGUGAGUUAUGCUCGAACAUAAGGACAGGCCGUGUCAGCGACUGGAUCACAGACCCUCAAUGUGUUUCAGGGGUCUCUAAGUUCCUCACCGCUCCGAAUCCAGACCUAGCGAGCCUGAUCGAGCAAGAAUGUAGUAAAACAUCAUGGGAGGGAAUAGUGAAGAGACUAUGGCCAAAAGCAAAAUGCAUAGAAGCUGUUGUUACUGGCUCCAUGGUACAAUAUGUUCCUUUACUAGAAUUUUAUGGUGGAGGUCUUCCUUUGAUUUCAUCUUGGUACGGAAGCUCUGAGUGUUUCAUCGGCAUUAAUGUGGAUCCUCUGAGCAAGCCUUGUGAUGUGUCGUACACCAUUGUUCCAAGUAUGGCGUACUUUGAGUUCUUAGAGGUCGAGAAAGACCAUCAAGAAACUGGUCAUAAUCCUACAAAGAACCCUGUGGUCGUUGAUCUUGCCGAUGUUAAAAUUGGACAUGACUAUGAACUUAUUAUCACAACAUUUUCUGGUUUGUAUAGGUACCGCUUGGGGGAUGUUUUACGAGUGACUGGUUUCUACAACAACGCACCACAAUUUUAUUUUGUAGGAAGACAAAAAGUUGUUCUAAGCAUGGACAUUGAUAAGACCUACGAAGAAGACUUGCACAAGGCAGUAACAAACGCAACGUUCUUGCUCGAGCCACAUGACCUAAUGCUCAUCGAUUUCACUAGCCGUGUGGAUUCAUCCACGUUUCCAGGACACUACGUGAUCUACUGGGAACUCGGGAGAAAACUCAAGGACGCAAAAGUGGAGCCACACCGCCAUGUCUUAGAGGAAUGCUGCUUCACCAUUGAGAAGUCUCUCAACUCUGUGUACAGAAAGUUACGUGAGAAUGAUGGUACCAUUGGUCCACUUAAGAUUAAGGUUGUUAGGCGUGGCGCCUUUGACGAGCUCAUGAAUUUGUUUCUGGCUAGAGGCUCUUCUGUGAGUCAGUACAAGACCCCGAGGUCGGUGACGAGUGAAGAAGCUAUGAAGAUAUUGGAAGAGGCAGUUGUUUCCGAGUUUCUUAGCACGAAAACUCCGACGUGGGAACCACGUGAGAUGCACUCUGGCCGAUAA